ACACAAACACACACAGUUUCCCUCUGUUAAAACUGAUCAGUCUUUUCCUGCUAACAACGAUUUACUGAAGAUAAAAUACACAAUUUCAGAUUUUUGAGAGAGUAAAACAGAUAAAAUAAUAAUAUGAAAAACCAGAAACCUCUUUUAUUUCUCAAUUGCUUCUCCUAGACAGCAAUGAGAAUAUGUAUAUGGAGACUACUGCUCAAGUCUCCUGCUUCUCAGAUAUUUCUUCAUAGAGCAGUAUAACUUCAGCUCCAUACGAGAGUGUGUUGCAAGCUCUAUCUGGAGGCCUGGAUUUGUCAUGGUUGGGUUGGUGUAUCCUCAGGUCUUCACAAACUGUUGCGGAGCUCCACCCCUUUCACCUGUGUCACCAGUAGACAGGUCGAACCAGUCUGAGAGAUGAGUUCUUCUGCAGAGAGCGUGCUCACCACACCUGUUCAGACACCUGCUGCAGACGACACCUGAGGUAAUACUAUUCCACAACGCUGAGCAAGGUAAGAAGAAAAUAAGCCAAACACAAUCUAUAAAGACUUUGUCAUUUUUAAUCUCAUGGAUGAUUGUUGGUGCCAGACGGGCUGGUUUGAGUAUUUUUGUAACUGCUGAUCUCCUGGGAUUUUCACGCACAACAGUCUCUAGAAUUUACUCCGAAUGGUGCCAAAAACAAAAAAACAUCCAGUGAGCGGCAGUUCUGUGGAUAGAAACGCCUUGUUGAUGAGAGAGAUCAACAGAGAAUGUCCAGACUGGUUUGAGCUGACAAAGUCUAUGGUAACUCAGAUAACCACUCUGUACAAUUGUGGUGAGAAGAAUAUAAUAUCUGAAUGCUAUUCUGAGAUGCGGGUUGGCGCUGUUUUGGCGGCACGAGGGGGACCUACAUAAUAUUAGGCAGGUGGUUUUAAUGUUGUGGCUGAUCUGUGUGUGUGUGUGUAUAUAUAUACUGUAUGUAUGUAAGUAUAUGUUGAAAUUAACAUUAAGCAUGAUUAAUAUGUGCUAUAAAUGUGUUAUUCAUUCUUAGUUCAUGUUAACUAGUGUUAAUGUUAAACUGUUACCAAUAUGCCUGAAUCGACAGGUUACACCAUAAAUAUAUAUAUAUAUUUUAAGAGUUAGAUUAGGUAGAAAUACAUAUUUAAAGUAACAACUGCCAUUUUAACAUUUUUACAGUUUAGUAACUGGCAUUUUGGUGGACAAUGUAUUGGUGGGUCGUGGAAUAACAGUUGUGUUUUGACCCACCUGUAUUUCUUAAAUUCAAAAAUUUCGAAAAGCAAAAGAAUUUGUUGCUAGACUUGAUACAGCUUCACUGGAGGUUGAUCAAUAAAUAUGAUGUGAUCAGAAUACAUUGCCUGAGUACAUUAUGAGUGGAGAACUAGUAAAAUCAAACAAAAGGAUUAUUAAUGUGAGAGUACUGAGAACUCUCAUUUCACACCUCUGCUGUCAGCGGUCCGCUUGAGCUUUCUCAACUCUGAAAAAAUGAGACAUCGUCUGACACAACCAGAGAAACUUGAGCGACAACUUGUUGCGACACUCAGUUGGGGUGGGACUUGGAACGUUUAACCCAGAAAAGAGUUUCUGGAAGUAAAGUCUGCACUGAAAGACAGGAAAGAAGUGAACGAGAAUAAAAGACUAUGUGGAAAAAUAAAGUGUAAGAAGGACAACUGUACAGUUAAAUAGACAGUCAACAUGCACUGCAUCACACAAACGGUCGCUGUUGUCAGGGCUACAACACAUUCAAAUUAGCAUGACUAGCAUAAUGCAAACCACAGAAAAGGACACAAUUUUCAUUUUCAUAGUAGAUGAGCUAUAAUUUAUAAGCAGUGUUUUGGUUGCUGUCGACUCACUCUGGCUUACUGAGCCCCUCGGGCUAAAGUUUCGGAAGGACUAGCAAGUUUUAUUCAAACUUGAUAAUGAACAUGAAAGACAGAUCAGCUAUUAUUCAAAUUAUCUGCUUUGAAUGGAAAAAGACAUCCUCAUUGGAGCACAUCAACAGUGAUGUUCUUCUGAAAAAGGUUUCUAAAAUAUCUAAUUUCUUUUUUUUUUAAGGCAAUUAAGGUAGUACUGAGUGGGACAAGUGCAACGACCAUUAGCUUACUCUACAAGCAAGACCAAUCAAUCAUUGUAGGACCAUCCCUGAAGACUCCAACAGCCAGUUCUGCAGUUCCUCCAUCGGGAUGAGCAUUCUUGCAAAAGAACGAAAACCAAAGAAGCCUCACUACGUACCGCGUCCCCCUGGAAAACCGUUCAAAUACCAAUGUUUUCAGUGUCCCUUCACCUGCAACCAGAAAUCCCACCUGUUCAACCACAUGAAAUACAACCUGUGUAAUAUCUCAAUCUCCAUAUUUUCCAAACAGAGCAGAAGUCCAAGGCACAGUUCCCCCACAGAAGCCAGCCUGGUUGCAAUGGAGGAACCUUCGGAGAUCAAUUGCUCAAUGUAUACCCAUGAUGUUUCCAAAGAAAGAACCUUAGGAGAGGACAUGGACAACCCAGAGACAUCAAUGGGUAGCAAUCAUGAAGGCAGUGUACCUCCAAAAGAGUUGGUAUCUCCAAUGGAGCAAAUUCUAGAGAUCCAGUUGGAGAGGCCAAAGAUUCAACCAUCUACCAAAAAUGGGGAUGUUUCUUCUAGUCUUCCAGCUCUGAACCAAAGUGGAUCCUUCGAGAAGAAAAGACAUGACGAGAUGGAUAAACCAAGGUCACAUUUCUCUGACUCCUCAAAUGGGUCAUCAUCUCUGGGCGACUGCAAGGAAAUGACAUCACCUGUCUACAAACCAGAAGUUCUUUCAGAGCCUGUUCCUCAUGCAUACUGGAGACCACCAAUCUCAUUCGUGCCAAGCUCUCAAAGUCUCGAACACAAACUGGAAAGUGAGAUGGAUUUUCCAUAUUAUGGCGCUGUCCUUACGGGAUAUCAUUCUUACGGCAUUCCAACACCUUUGCAUCCGCCUUACCCCCAAUUUCACCCCUACCUUCUGCAAAGUAACAUUUAUGACCCCACCACAACUCACCCACACCUUCAUCCUUACAUCCUAGAAACUCACAGACUCCGCCCUAUGUUUCCAAGGCAACUGUUGCCAGCGAAUUCCCUGUCACCGAUUUCUGAAGAGUAUCUCAGAUACUUCUACACAUUUCCGAAUCCCAACUAUGGCCACUACCUCCCACAACAGCAAAAUCAUCCCGUAACACACUCCCCUAUUACAUACUCAGAACUGGCACACCCCAUGAUGGAUAUUAACUCUGCAUUUUCAGUACCGACAAUACACAAAGCCUCCAAACCCUCAAACAUACCGUAUGAUCAGUUCUUCAAGACGGAUGGCUCAUCUGAACAUAGAGAGCCAAGAAUGAAACUUAAUGAAAAGGAGCUUCAGGCGAGUCCACAGAGUGGAUCACCAGAUAGACCAAACCCUUGCAAUGAUUCACAGGAACCACUAUUUGGAAGUAGGGAAGCAGUGUCAGUCAGCCAACCAGAAGAGAGGGGCAUGGCCAUACGGACAAAUGGGGAUGGUCAGCCAACAGGGGGCAGGAAUAUCUCUGACAGGUCUUCAUCUGCAUUCAGAGAGAUUGAGAGACGGGAAAAAGACGAUGUCAUGAUUCCUCUGAACCUCUCCAAGAGACAGCAGAUGAAAAGUGACACUUCAGUCAAGCAACUGUUUCCUCUGAACCUGUCAGUGAAGUUGUCCACAUCUCAAUCAGACAGCCAAUCACAGAGCGCUUUGAUCAGAGACAGCCUCGCUCAGCAGGGGAUUAUGGGUGCUGUGACAUCACAAGAGGAUCAUCUUUUAAUUGUCGAGGAAGAAACAACAGCUGCGUUCGCUCUCUGCCAACUGGCCCAGUCUGGUGUUUCAGACCUGAUCAGAAACUCAAACAUCAGACAUUUUUCUAAUUCAAGUAGCUGUCAUGACCAACAAACCAGUGUUCUUCAGAAUCCAGCAUCUGAUCGAACCUAUCAAAUGAACAUCACAGAAACAUCUGCCUCUGAUAAAGUUAUUCUAUAUUCCAGUGAAACAAACACAGUCUUGGCUCCUAAAACUUCUCCAGAUAAUAAAUCCGAUAUAGUUGUGGUAAGAUCCGUCCCUUCCUCUGAUGCUGCUGAAGUCUCUGCCUCCAAAUCAAAUGUUCAUUAUCAAACACGGACAAAAACACGAGGAAUAUGCAGCACGAAAAGAAAACGAAACAGCAGCACCAAUAACCACAAUCUAAGGAAGAGAAUUAGACAUUAAUGCCACAAAAACAUAAUGGAAAUCACAAAUAAAAGCUGUAUUUUUGCUCUUAUAAAACAGCACUUGAAUUAGGAUUGUAUAUUUUUAUUUUUUAAACUCUGUUGAAAUGAAUUCCUUGUCUUAAGGUUUUAUAAGGUUUUUAUGCUUGCAUAUAUAAUACAUGACAUUGUUUAUUCAAAGUGGUUUAAAAUUAUAGUUGAAUUAAGUGAGAUGUUUUGCUAACUUGUAUAUUUUUUACUGCAGAUCUCAGUCAUUCAAACCUGCCUGAACAUCUUUAUGCAAUAAAUAAACUUAGACAAUAUAUGCAAAUUAAUACAGGUCUGUUUAUGCUAAAAGACAAAGAUAAAUGCACAGUGAAACAGGUGCACUUGAGACCUGCUAAACCGCUCAGAAAGAGCCGUUAUAAAGGGCUGCAGGUUCAGGCAUGUUACUUCAGUGAGAACGUUAAACUCUCUAUCUGUCUGUCUGUUUGUGAAAGACACAUAGACUGUCAUACUAGUAUUAGAGGUCUGACAGGUAAAAAUGACUCAAUGAAGACUAAAAGAGUAAAGAAUCUUGUACACUUCAACAAAGCUGCUUGAACAUGAUUUUAGGCGAAUACUAUUUGCAUCCUCUGCUAGACAUAUGAGGUACUGUUUCAGUGAGCUCACUUAAAGGGACAGUUCACCCAAAAAUAAAAGUUCUUACAUCAUAUACUCACUCUCCUCUUGUUUUAAAUCCAUAUGACUUUCUGUCUACCGUAGAAAACAAAAUGAGAUUCUAGAGAGUAUGCUAUUUUUAUAUUAUGACAAAAGGUUGUCUUUAAGUUGAACUAUCCCUUUAAAACCCUGUUGAGUUUUUGAACUCUUCAUGUUCCUCAAACCAUUCCCAAACAAUGUGUG